AUGACCAACCCCCUCUCAGAUGAAGAGGCCCGAAUGGCCUACUUUGAGAAAGACGAGAACUUCAGAUGGAUCGCCAACAUGUUCGCGCCAGUAUGUCCAACGCGACUCAGCAAGCCUGUAGAGGAACACGUCCAACGAGCAGUCUACGCCUUUGCAGAGUUUGCAGAGAUCGCACACGGCUCGAUAGAUCCUGAAUGGAUCCUAGAUAAGGAGAACAGGUUGCUCCUUGGUCAAAGUGGAUUUCCUCUGGAAAAGUAUCCAACACUUGCAGGACAAGCAAAGGAUGAACGAGAGCACACUGGAAAACUACUCGAAGAUAUUAGGCUUGUAUCAGUGUUCCAUGGGGAGAAAGGCCCGCUACAGGGCUAUUGCGCCCUCCGAAUGACGCCUAAGACGCCCGCCUAUGAUGCCGGUGCAAACCCAGUCAAAAUACGACCUCAAUUGAUCCUUGCCUUCUCGGGGACAUCCAACCUGCGACUGGCAAUGUACGACAUGCAAACCUCACGCACGGCGUAUCGGACUGAAUUCGAGCCUCGAGAUCGAGAAUGGCUUGUCCAUACUGGGUUUCAAACAGUCUAUCAAGGAAUCCGGAGAGAGGCAUUCUGGGCAGUGAACCAGGCUCUUGACGUCCUCAAGCAAGAUAACAUCACGGCGUUUGACGUCGUGAUCACUGCACACUCUCUGGGAACGGCUGUUAGUUAUUUGACGCUUCUCGACAUUCUACGUGCGGAUCCAUACAAACAUCCCUCGGUGCCAAAGAUUCCGGACUCGUCGAACAUCACCAUGGCCCUGUUCGGGGCUCCAAGAGUCGGAAACAAGCCAUUUGUGGAAUACUUCAGGAAACUGGUGGAGGCAAGAAGAGUUCGCACUGGCCGAAAAGAGGCGGUCACCGAGUGGUCCGUAAUCGGCCAUUUGGAUGGUGUCCCGGCGCUACCUCCUACAUACUUUGGCGAGUUCACUCGCUUCGUCGUGGAUUAUCCAAAGGAAAAGGUGAAAUAUCUGCGAGGUGGUCACAACUAUUAUGGUGGGCGCGACAUGGAGCGACUACAAAGGAGGAUCAAAGCGAUACGACUAGACUUAUUACCCAAAGAGCAACGCAGCACAAUCAUCUACCGUAAUAUGUCUAGGAAGCGAACUGCUACAACGUCGGACCUCACACAUCCAACACAAUCGAUGCACUCUAGCCCCUCGAGAGGUUGGUCUGUACCCACGAGCCUACGCAGCGCUCAAAACCAGUCAUACGCUCCCUUUUUCAACACGAAUAUCUCAGAGGAACCAGAACCCAUGACGCCAGUGGAAACCAUGCGUUCUGCAUCAUCGCCGCAUGCGGAACUCCCAGAAUGGGCACGACGAUAUCUUGAGCGAGAGGAAGCCGAAGAGACUACAUGGAAGAAGAAGUUGGCUGAAGAGAAGAAGGGCCCAGUCAAGGGACUCUGGUCGCGAUUCUUUUAA